AUGCCCGCCCGCAAAAGUGACGCCCGCCGGUCUACCGGCGGCGAUGCCUCUGUCGCGCGCUUCGUCCUUGCCGAUGACGUUGCCGGCGCCGAUACCUCCACGGCCUCAGAACCUGCUACCUCUUCUUCAACAGAGCCGAAACAGCUUUCGUCAUCAACAUCAGCAGAGCCAGCCGCUUCCUCGUCGGCAGGGCAGCCUGCGUCGGGGGCUCCGUUGUCAGAGGCGGGGAAGAAGGAUAAGGAGAAGGAUAAAGAGAAGGAGAAGGAGAAGGAGAAGGAGGUGAUUACUAUCGAGGACUUGACAUUACCCAAGUCCAUCAUCACCCGCCUGGCAAAGGGCGUUCUGCCGCCCAACACGCAGAUACAGGCCAAUGCAAUCCUGGCGCUCACCAAGGGCACCACGGUGUUUAUCAAUCAUCUUGCUAGCGCCGCAAACGAACACACAGUAGCAGCCGGCAAGAAAACCAUCAUGCCCGCCGACGUGUUCAAGGCGCUGGACGAGAUCGAGUAUGGCUUUAUGAGGGAGAAGUUGGAGGCUGAGUUUGCCAAAUUCAGCCAAGUCCAAUCCUCCAAACGCUCUGCCUACCGUAAGAAAGUGGCCGCUGCGAAGAAAGCUGCUUCCGGCACGGCCGCCGACGUGUCUAUGAUCAGCACGGCGACAGACGAUGCGGGAGUCUCACAAUACAAUGGCGCUGCCGAGACUUCUGGUACCAAGUCGGUCUCAAAAGGCAGCAAAUCCAGCAAAUCUGCUUCAGGAGACGGUACACGAGCGGUAAAAAAAGCCCGUCUCGACCCUUCUGCUUCAGUGGAUUCGUCCAAGAUGGAUGUGGACGAUGGUGAUGAGGGGGGUGAGGACGAGGAUAUGUCGGAUGUGGGGACAGUGGAGGAUGAUGAUCAACCUGAGGAGGAGGAGGAAGAGGAGGAGGAGGAGGAGGAGGAGGAGGAGGAGGAUGUUGGGGAAGAAGAGGAGGAAGAAGAAGAGGAGGAAGAGGAAGAGGAGAAGGAUGAGCUGGAAGAGAGGGAGGAACGGGAGGAUAGGGAUGAGGCGUUGGAUGAUGGGGAUGAGAGUGACUAG